GCAACUUUUAUCCUUAAGCCCGCAGCGCUAACGAAGUUGAGAGUGACAGCCCUAAGUAGAACUGAGCAACGAGGCGAUGCGAUGGACAUGGCCGCCACCGCGAAAUGUAGGACACUGUCGCUUCCCAGGUGGUGUUUAGCCAAUCUCUAGCUCCAUUCUAGAUCUUGGUUCAUCUAUCCAUUCACAAGAAGCAAGAAAAGAGAGAGAGGGAUAGAAGGAGAGAGCGCUCACGGUGGAUCAUGGAUCCCGAAGGGUUCCCGGGAGCUCUCUUUCGGGCCUGGGAGCCUCGCCUACAGGGCGGCGCCACUGUCGCUCAUCACCCAGUUCCCGCCGCUGGGAAUGUAGCUCCAAAUCCAAAUGCCGCCGCCGCCGCCGCUGCCGCCGCCGCUGGAAGAGGAGGAGCUCUCGAUCACCACCACCACCGCCAUCUUCCUCCUCGGGCUUUCGAGUUUGGCUUCACCUCCGCCGGACCUGGGGGAGCCCCGCUGCCUCUAGCGCCGCCGCCGCCUCCUCCUCCGCCUCCCCGCCGCCGAGACGCCAAGACGCUGGACGAGCUCUUCAAGGACUAUGGCGUGCGCAUCACGACUCUGGCAAAGAUGGCCGAGAUGGGAUUCACGGUCCAGACGCUGGUGAACAUGACGGAUCAGGAGUUGGAGGACGUGAUCAAAACAAUGCUCGAGGGUUACCACGUCGAGCUCCUGGUGGGAGAGAAGUAUGGGAUCAAGUCGGCCAUUCGGGCGGAGCGGAAGCACCUCGAGGACGAUCUGGAGCGGCAAAAGUCGUCGUCCAAAGCUCAGCAGCAGCCUCCCAGAACUGUGGAUAAGAGGCGAAGGCUCGAAGAUCACGCUACGACUUCCAAAGAAGUGCCUGGAAGAAGAGACAACGUUAGCAACAGUAACACUGCAGCCAGCAUACUAAUACCAGAUGGAAUUGGAGGAGCCCUUGUGGUGAGAGAUCCUUUGCUUCUAGCACAGCAGCAGCAGCAGCAGCAGCAGCAGCAGGAGCACCCACAGCAGCUGGUCGCUGGAACGAGCAUCGUUCCGGCUGGCGACGCCGGAGGAGGAAGUGAUACCGAGAGGAAGAGGAAGAAGAAACAAAAGCGCAAAAGGUCCAAGGACGAUGGGGAGGACGGCGAGGAGGACAGGCCGAGAGAGCACCCCUUCAUAGUGACGGAGCCCGGAGAGCUUGCCAGGGGGAAGAAGAACGGCCUCGACUACCUGUUUGAUCUCUACGAGCAGUGCGGGAGGUACCUCGACGAAGUCCAGCAACAGUGCAAGGAGCGAGGAGAGAAGUGUCCUACGAAGGUGACGAACCAAGUGUUCCGGCACGCCAAGCACCGGGGAGCGAGCUACAUCAACAAGCCGAAGAUGAGACACUACGUCCACUGCUACGCGCUGCACUGCCUGGACCUGGAGCAGUCCAACCAUCUGAGGAAGGUGUUUAAGGAUCGAGGAGAGAAUGUUGGAGCGUGGAGGCAGGCUUGCUACUAUCCGCUGGUGGAGAUGGCGAGGAACCUCAACUGGGAUAUCGAGGGAGUUUUCAGCAGGAAUGACAAGCUGAGGAUAUGGUAUGUUCCGACCAGGCUGAGGCAACUCUGUCACUUGGAGAAGAGCAAAGAAUGCUGAGGAAGGAAAACAAAAUGAACGCGGAGAAAAAGCUCAAGUGUUUGUGAGAUUUGCUCUUGACUGCUAUGGUAGAUCUGGAUUCAGAGCCUUUAAUUUGUCCUUCAGUUCACCAGACUGUGGACCAAAAAGAGAAUUUUAUGUCAAUUCUUUUGUUGCC